AUGAGUACUGAAAAUAUCAAUUCACUCAGUGAAUUUAUGAAAGAAUUAUCAACUGAUGAUUAUUUAGGAUUCAGUAAUGUAUCAUCAAAGAAGGAAUUAAUUAUUGAUAUUCAAGGACUUGAUGAGGAUUCAAAUUCAUAUGCCAAUCAUCAUGGAAAUUUCGAAAAGUUUAUUAGUGGUUAUAUGAUUGAUCGUGUUACAACCAAAGGUAACAUCAUGUCCAAAAAGUGGUAUUUGACCUUCGUAAAAGUUAUUUGGUUUGUCAUAAAAAGAAAGACAAAGAAAAGAUAUACCGAGUCACCAGUUGAUUAUCGUGUAUCAUUUUCAUUAAUGUACAGUAAUAAUUUGAAAUCAUUGGAUUUUGUUUGUACUUCAAUCGAAGCAAGACAAGAGUUGGUAUCUGCAUUGUACCUCGUCAUCAAACAAUCGAGAUCAUCUGACAAUGAACUUGGAUUUAUUCGUAAACAAUGGAACUAUUUUGGAAAGGAUACUCUUGGUGCUAGUGAUCUCCGUAAACUAUUGUCAAGAUUGAAUUAUUCCACCUCGCAUGGAAAGGCUACUGAUUUGAUCGAAUCGGUCGACAAGAAUGGCGACAAGGUAUUGGAUUUUAUCGAGUUUUCAGAACUCUUUAAUCUUUUACGCCGUCGUCCCGAGAUCAAAUUAAUUCUCACCAAGUAUGCAAAGACAUUGGAUAAUCAACUUUCAAUUAGUGAAAUGAUUGAUUUCUUUAAAUACGAACAAAGUGAAGAAUGGUCAACCAAAGAUUGUCAACAUUUAAUUGAAAACUUUAGUCAUGAUCCAUCUGCCAAAACCAUUACCAUCGAUCAACUAGAGGAUUAUUUAACUAGUUCCAAUAAUGAUGUUUUUGAACCAAAAGCUAGAAAAACUUAUAUGGAUACAAAUCAACCAAUUUCAAAUUAUUAUAUGAAUUCAUCACAUAAUACCUAUUUAGCAGGACAUCAAUUACAAGGUAUUAGUUCAAGUGAAAUGUAUGUUUUGGCAAUGAAAAAGAAUUGUAAAUGUGUUGAAUGUAUUAUAAAGGAUUAUGGUUUUGAAAACUCUCCCUAUCCAGUUAUUCUUAUUUUGGAAACCCAUUGUACACCACCUCAACAAGUCAAGAUGAUUGAACACAUGGUUGUUAUUUUUGGUGAUAUGUUGGCCAAACCAUUCACCGAGGAAGAUGUUGACAAGGUCAAGAUACUUCCAACCCUCGAACAAUUAAAAUACAAGGUUAUUUUAAAGGGUAGUUACAAUUGUAGAAUCGUUACAGACAAGAAGCAAAUUAGUGAAAUGCUCGAAGAAGAGGAAGAAUCUAGUCUUACAGACUCUAGCUCAUCGAACAAAAAGUCAUCCAAGACACCAAAGCCACCCAAGGUGACUGUAGCCCCCGAGUAUGCUAAAUGGAUCUACCUCUUGUCCAAGGGAUUCUCUUCGGUUGACGACAGCAACAAGUUGCCUGUAUGGGUGAUGCACUCGUUCUCUGAAGACAAGAUUAUGGAGUUUAUCAAAUCCGAUUAUACUGCCAGCGUCGUUGAAUUGGCCACUCGCAAGGAACUCCGUGUCUACCCUAGAGGCACUCGUUUCGGUAGCUCCAACUUUGACCCAGUACCAGGUUGGACCGUCGGUGCACAGAUUGUUGCACUCAACCAACAAACGUCGUCCGAACCAAUGUGGCUCAACGCCGGUAUGUUUGCCGAUAAUGGUGCCAGUGGAUAUGUCCUCAAACCACCAUGUCUCUUGCCAUCAACCGUCCCAGGCGAAUUCAAUUAUUUCGAUCCAUCCCAACUCACCCGUCAUGCAUCGUCCAAGUACAGCAAGUUGAUUGUCAACAUUAUCUCUGCUCGUCAACUUCCAAAAUACACAAAGACCGAAGGAGGUGAAGUCAUCGAUCCAUUCAUCACCAUUUCAAUGCAUGGUGCUGAAUUUGAUAAACAAGAAUUCAAAACAAAGGUCAUCGAUAACAAUGGUUUCAAUCCACACUGGGGAGAAGAAUUUGAAUUCCCAUUGAUUCACGAUCAAGUUGCCAUGCUCUUGAUCAGAGUUGAUGACAAGGACAAAUUCAAACGCCAAAAUAGAAUUGGUCACUAUUGUAUCAAGGUAUCAAAUAUUAGAAAUGGUUAUCGUAUCAUUAAAUUAGAAAAUGAUUAUGGUAAUCAAAUCCCAAUGUGUAACUUGUUAUGUAAGUUUACCUUGGUUCCAAAUUCAAAUAGAGCUGAAUAA